CUUUAGGAAAUGCACAUACAGCAUACAUGGAGCUGAAAGAAAAAGUGACGGAUGAAAUGGUUAACGAGCUCAGCAAUAAUACUCCAAUGGAGCGAGAUGCGUGUCUGGCUUGUCCCAAGGUCUCCUUCUCGUUUUAUAAUUUAGUGCUGUCAUGAUAUUUUGAUGAGCUAAUGACUCAAUAUACAAUUUACACAGGAAGGAAAACUGUUCGUCGCAGUCGAUGGCAACAUGCAAUUGCGACGACGCAAAGCACAUGCAAAUGAUACAAAAAAAGCUGAAGCAGCGACGUUUUUCUCGGCUGAUAACAUGCAUGACGUUUACGAAAAGCAUGAAGUCACCAAUGCCGUCAAUAAGCGUUGCGAGAGUGAGCUCAAAGCUGUUACGUCCGUUUCUGAUGCUGUCGAGAAGUUCUAUGAAAGUGGAAUAGUAGGCUGUGUAUGCGGCAGACACAAUGUUCCACUUCAGUUUACGAAUAUCUUUGCUUCUGGUGAAAAGUACAAAUAUGCUCUAUCUGUGCUUGCUGUUGCCACUAAGGGAUACAAAGAUGUCAAUAUUUUGUAUGAUCUUGGUUGUCGCUUUGAACCAUCAUUUAAGCAUUUCCCAAUUUUGCUCAAGCUGGAUCACAGAUGGCCGUCUACGUUUCCAUGCAUACGCCCAUUCAAUGUCUCGCCAGGUCGAUUAUCAUCCACGAUUCAUAAGCGGCUUUGGACUGACAGAUGGAGAAGGACUUGAGCGUCUUUGGUCCUACCUUGGAGGAUUUGUCUCAAUGACUAGACAAAUGAGCGCCAAGAGACGUCUGUUCGUUUUACACCAUGCGAUUGGUCAUUCGAAAGCCAAGACUACAAUCAAUAUGUGUUACGCGCUUAAAAAACGGACGAAAAGGGCAAAGGCAAUCAUCGAACAAGCGUCUGCAUACUUGCGACACAGAGCUACCCUUGUAGCUUCCGGCGGUACGCCAUGCUGGUGGUGGAACGAGGACGGGAAGAUAGAUGAGCUCAGAUUCGAAGAAGAAUGGAAGACGUACAAAGAUACCGUCCAUAAAAAAUCGAAAGAUCGUACUAUAUUCACUGGUAUCAAACCUCUAUCAGUAAAAAUACAGUAUUAUGAAGAACUAGAACAUUUUUACGCGGUUGAAGCGGAGCGCAUUACUUUAUGUAGGGAGCUUCAAGAUCCAGAUAAAUGUGCCAAUAUGACUAUGGCGGAAGCAGAUUGCUUCGAAAGCUCUCAAGAAAGCUCGAGAUCGCUAAAGACAAUGUUACCAGAAUUUGAAAGGGUGCUAAUGCCUGAACGAAGAUGGCAGAUAAAUAGCACAGAAUACGCAAGCGCAAAAGAAGCAAAAGCAAAGCGAGAAAAGGAAGAUAGCCUGUAUAAACUAAAAUCACAUAUAAUCUCGCGUAAGAUGAUGUAUGAUCAGCUGCGUAAUCGAGAGGGCAAAAUAGGCGAAAGAGUAAGCACGAAAGUUAGAAGCGCAAUCAAGAAACUAAGCACUGCAGCUGAAAAGCAAUUAAAGCUAUACAAUGCUGCUUGCCAUCUGUUGUUGGAGCCUGAAGUCCAGUUGGAGGAUGUCUGUCAUCUGGAGACACGAUUUUGGGAACAGCACCAUAUAGCAGAAAGCAACGACGUCGACGUUCUCAGAGAGAUUAUGAACAUUAAGCGCGCCGAGGAAGAGCUGAUAAUGAUCGAGGACGAAGAAAAGAAUCUGGAAGCAUACGCUGCAGCACGUUAUAGCGCCAUUCAAGAUGCCAUAGAGGCGACGCAUGACGAUGGGUGGCAAGCUAUUCUUGGUGAUCUUUUGGAAUAAGCUGAACGUCUCCAAUGUAAUAUCAGAAGCAGCAAACCGCGUACUGUUGGUGAAAUUUCACAGAUCGACAACGACGAACAAUACGGUGACGAUGCGGACGAUGAAUAUGACGAAGACGUUUACUUUGUCCAUGCUGAGACAUAUGAGGAUAUUGAGAAGGAACAUGACGAGCUGAUGUACGAGUAUAUGCCGCCAGUAGAUUAUACUAUGCCUGACGAAGAUAUUUCUCUGCCAGAUGCAGUACUUUCAGAAGAAACACUAUAGAGCCAGCAAUGUAUAUACGCCGUUGUAAAUCAAGAGCUCUUUUAUAAUCCUUAUUAUGCUUACUUAUACAUUGUAUGUUAUU